AUGGGCUGGGCCGUGUCCGUGGUGGGGGUGGCCGGCAUCGACAAGAACAACAUCUUGGAAGCGGCGCACAAGGCCAUGGCUGGUGCGGUGCGGAACUUGCGGCGGGACCUGCGGAAGCAGAAGGAAGACCCCGUGGGCCCGGUGGUCGUGGAUGGCAACUUGGUGCCGAAGCGCCUGGGCACGGAGCAGCGCCGCCUGCAGCUCCCCUGCCGCGCCCUGGUGGGCGGCGACCGUCUCUGCUUCGAGAUUGCCGCCGCCUCGGUCUUGGCGAAGGUCACGCGGGACAGGUUGAUGGUCCGGAUGGACCGGGCAUACCCCUCCUAUGGCUUCGCGGCACACAAAGGCUACGGCACCGCGGCGCACCAGGCGGCGCUGAAGCGGCUGGGGCCCUGCGCGGAGCACCGGAAGAGCUUCGAGCCGGUGAAGACCUUCCUGGCCAGCGGGAAGUGGCAGAGCAGGGCCAAGCGUCUCAAGCGCUGA